GCUUAUUGAUAAGACUCCUUGGAAGGAGAGGACAGAAACUACCGAGCUGACCAGAGACAUUCACACCCGUUGGGAGGCAGAGCCUUUAAACUGGAGUAUGACCAAUCAAACGGAUUAAUACUUGGCUGUAUUUGAAAGAAAGUUGGAAAUCCUUGGAGUACUGCAAAGUUUUCUUACUUGAGCCCUGGAUAGUUUCUUCUUGUCAAGUUCGGACGUUUGUUGUUUGGAAAUGUCUCGAUAAAACGCUUUCAUAUUGCGACAUUAACGUAAAAGUACACUAAAGUUGAGCACGUGAACUUUAAUACUAAAAAUCACAUUCAAGAAGAGUUAAAACGUGGAUUUUUUUUGCGCAAUUUUCGAGAAGUUGUACUUUUCAACUAUUUUAAAGUUGUGUGUCGCUUACCGAGAGUGCUGUCUUCAUCUGUGUCAUCUUCUACUCCUGUUUUUGGGAUAUCGCUGCAGCAGGGGAGAUAUAACAGUGCGGACUAGCAGUCGACGCGCGCGCACCUCCACAGGACGAGCCGCUGUCCCCAAGCGCGCAGUGCUGAGGAGAGAGGGACUCUCGCGCUUCCAUAAAUGCCCGGUCCGUCGAAGAGGCUCGAGGCUGGGCAGCAAGAUGAGCUCGUGGGUACAGCUGCUGCUGCUCGUGCUGCAGGUGGCAUGUCUGCGGUGUGUCUUCGCCGAGGUGAGUUUGAUACAAGUUACAAGAACUUUUUUUUAAGCUGUUGGAGGAACUUUGAGAGAUGCUUCACCUUAAGUCAAAGACUGAUCUCAAAACUGUUUUGUACAAAAGCUUGUGGUCUUGUGUUAAAAAGGAUAUCUAUUUUAUUCUUGUAGCUUGAUAUGUUAACAAGUAUUCAACCAUCAUAGAUACCUUGACAUAACGUGACAACCAGCCCAGUGGUGGAGUUGGUUUACACGGUGUAAGGUGUUGGUUGUCCCUAUAGCCAUUAAAGCUCCUGUUAGGAACCUCAAUAGUUAGAUAAAUGUAUUGUUUUUUUAUUUGGAAGCCGUAAAAACACAGCUUUUUCUUCAGCUACUUGGCUGACACCUACCUCCUCAAACCAGUUUCAGGUACUGAUAAUAAAAGUGCAAAAUUUGUCACUCUUGUUUCUGAUGGUCUUGUUUGUUUUUUCACAUCCUGAAAAGGUAUUAAUGUGAAUUUUAAUCUAUUUCAUUAAUGUCAAAAAACUCAUACAGGAGCUUUAACUAGGUUUAGUGAAAAAUACGACUUUUUUUUUUUUUUUUUUUUUUGGGGGGGGGGGGGUCCUUUGAGCUAGAGAUAGAUAGAGAAUGCAUGUUUGUGUUUUAUAUAUAUAUAUAUAUAUAAAAACAUAAGACCAGAUGGACUGUAACAAAUGUAUGCAAUACAAACUGCCUUUCUGAUUAGACAAAAAAAUAAAUACACCAAAAAAAAAAAAAAAACAGAUGAUCAGAGAUGACCCUACAUGGCAUGUUUAACUUUUUCUAACAAGAAAUCAUGAGUAGGUGUGACAACCAGCCCCACCUGACCUCUGGACGAAAUUGUAUGCUAGCGACCACGUGGCUUUAGCUAGGAAGGUGGGUUUGGCGGCUAUAAUCAAUGAGACAACCAACCCCAGUCUCCCCUAUUCUUUUAAAAACAAUGGACCAUUACACACAGCUUUUGUUUUUUAUUGUCCUCAAACAGGAGUUAUAACUUAGAGUAUGCGUCUUAUGAAAAACACAGUCCAACAUGAUAAUUCAAUCCUGGCGGUUUUUCAAUUGGAGUCAGUGCACCUGCUUCAGACAGCCCUCUUAAAGAAAUUCACUCACUGCCUUUCAUUGCUACUGAAAGAACUGGUAUCCUCUCAGCAAAUAACUGUUAUUCCUCCCAUUAGCCGGCUCUAUGCAUGGAUGCCCAGAGGCACACACAUGCAGAGGUCGUCCUCUGUGUCUGAGGCAGGAAACACAGGCUGCCACGAUGGGCUCAGUCACAGCUGGCGGCUCCUCGUGGUGAAGUAAUGCGUUCAUGGAUGCUUCUCCAGAUGUUGAGCAAAGGCAAUAAAUCAUGUCAGAUUUCAUUAUUAUCAAACUCUAACUUCAUGCUUUACAGUCCAAAGUUUCUGGGACACUUUAAUGCAAACUUUUGUGUAAGGGCUGGAAUAUAGCUCAUUGGAUUAUGACACUUUAACUCACUUGAAAAACUGGGAAUUCGGUAAAUACCAGUGCAACUUAUAUUGUAUAGUUUCAUCAGUAUAUAAGAAGUUUGGUUAGGUGGGCACCAAAGGGGAAAAAGGUUUAAACUGUGUUCCUGUGUGGGGACUACCAUUGCAUUCAGCAAUGUUCAGUUUAUGUGCAGAUGUGUAGCUUUUUCCUGUACCAUGCUGACGACCAAUUUGCAAAGACCUAGAGCCACCCAUGUGAGGUCAGUUAUUGUAAAUUAAAGACACUUUUCAAACAAAACAGCACUCCACAUGGUUGAGUUUCUAUAAAGAAUCCCACUGUUUUCUUUAAAUUCAUGAUAAUGACCUUAUAAGGGAGAAAUUAGUCAAAAAAACAGCAUCAACACCUUGUUUCUCUGCGUAACCAGCAUGCUUUGCACAAUGAAACCUCUUUAACAAGAUUCUACAUGAAUGCCAAUACAGAGCAGACAACACAGGAUGUCAGGGGGGCUGCACGCUGAGCUGCUUCUGACUUUUGCUUAUCUUUCAAUAAUAUUGAGCAAGGCUGAACAGCAAUUGAAGUAAACAUGGCAAAGGGGUAGGUUAUGUAUAGAUGUUUGUUUAAGUGUUAAGUUUUGGCUGCGCUGGAUCGGCAGAGAGGUUAAACUCGUUCUACAAAAUCAAUGUCCUCAAAGUGGACAUCCUGGGUUCAAUUUGAAACAGCAGCCCUUUGAUUUAGUCAUUCCCUAAUCUCUCUUCUAGUUUCUUCCUCUUGACACUGUCUUUUCCACUAAAAAUAGAGGUAAAAAAGCCCCAAACUAAAACUUUUGAAAGGAUUAAUUUUGUUUUUAAAUCACAUUGGUAGUUUAGGCAGCUCUAGUGUCAAUUAAUACUCGAGUUUAGACAGCUGUCAGGGAGGGAGUGUUUGUGCUUGAACACCUUUGAGUUCAAGGGACGAUUAUGAUAUUCGAACUCUAGUGACCCACUUGUGCACGAAUCACUCUUGAUGAUACAAAGAGGUAAUACAAGUUUUGUUUAAAACUUGUACAUCAGUGGUUAAGUGUGGUGGUUGAAAAAGCUGGUAAAGUGUCUGACCGUCUGCUGAGGUCAAACAAAUGGAAAACCCCCAACUCAGGACUUUUCUAGGUCAAGUGAGACUUCACAAUAACAGCAAUACAGUGGAAAAACUUGGUCUCUAUUGUCUGAACACAGUCUUAAGAUUGAGGUUGAGAUAUCUAUUGAAUUUGAUGGGAUCUCUGUUUCUGCUUCUGUUACCUCAUCUGUAUUUCUUCCUACGACGCACUGACCGAAUCAAAACCUCCCAAAAUAUAAUAGGAUGAAAGAGCACAUGGUUAACAAGACUAAUAAGGGGUAUGGAGAUUUAACUAAGUCUAAUUAACUUAUGCGCAUCAUUAAAACACUGAGAUAUCGAUUAGAAAGAAUACAAAAAACACAGGAUUUCUUCAUGAUUUACGACCCCCUCUGGCUUAUUAGAAAGAGCCAAUAUCACAAGUGGUUAGAUCCCUCUUUUCAUUCACUGAACAAACACAAUUUAGUGUCUGUGUAUAAUCUACCUCACAUCAAGACGUAAAGAGUGAAGCACGUUCAUGAUGGAUGACUUUAAAUACCUGUCUUUUCGUUUUAUGGCUUCUGUAGGCUGCACGUGUUAAAGAAAACUUCACAUUUGACGGGCUUACUAAGUCUUUGAGGUGCACGACCAGGAAUUCCCCCAAGUCUAAUUUAAAGUGAUAGUAUGGCAGCUAUGAAAUGAUGAAGCUCUUCAAAAGGAUGUUAAAGGAAGAACAUAAAGUAACUGUCUGUAAUGUAAUUCAGUCUUAGGGUAUAGUCUUGAUUAAAAGCCUCCUAUAAGAAAAAGUGAAAUAUAUUUAGCAUACUUAAUUUCAGACAUCCAAAGAAGAAGUCGUUUACAUUGUUGUUAAUUUUUUGGGGUCCUUAUAAGUGCAAAAACUGAUAAAAGUCACAUUUAUUCACUGUUUACAGCAUUUGCACAUGGUUGUAGAGUUUAAACAGCCACAUAAGAUAACCUCACACGUGCUGCUGCUGCUGCUGUGCCAGCAGCAAACUCCAGCCCCUAAUUAUGUACCAUUAGAUGUUCCUGCUCCUCCUCCUGCACCCCUGCAGCCUUUGCCUGUACCUGGCAUUCCUCAAUAUGUCCAACAGACCUCCAGGGAAUAGUAUGCAUGCUUUAGAUGCUGGACUAUGUCAGAUUAAGAUUUUUUAAUGUGUUUAAAAUGGCAAAAGAAAAUAACGAGGAACAUCCCAAACUUCCAGACAUGAAAACUUAAGACAUCAUUGUGAGUACAAUACAAAACAGAGUGAGGUUGAAAUGAGGACAACUUCUUUGUUAAGUUUGCUUAAGUUAGAUUAUUAACUUUCUAUAUUGAAUGUACCUUGAGAUAUUCCAAUAUCAAUACAUGUAUCAGUGCCAGCCUCCAAUAUGACUUAUAUAUUGUACUGACCUAAACACGACAGCCAGUUGGCCCAAAAAUUACUUGAUUUCAGGGGGUAACAGUGUGACAUUAAGAAACACCAUAGUGCAAAGUUCACUGUUUACAAAAGCAACAAAAACUUCAUUAAUCAGUGUUUCUCCACUAACGAUAAAUAUAACCUUUUGUUUUGCUUUGGUAUAAGUAUCAGGAAAUACUCAAGUUUUAAAUUGGUAUCAGUGAGGAAAAAGCAUCACCUUAACGUCUCUAAAUUUAUCAAAAUCUUAGCCAUCGUCAAAUGGUGGUCCAUGUGGGUUUACACGUUGUGUAUGCUUCUUUCAAAAGUGUUUACAUCUGUUUUGUUUAUCAGACUCCAAGUGUUUAUUUAGUAUUUCCUGCUCAGACACAAAUCGCCAUGACAGCCGGCACCACCGAGAACAAAGGCACACAUCCUAUAAUUAACAUCAGACACAAUUAGCCGAGCGGGCAGAUUUGCUCCGGUUGGCGAAGGGGAAGAAAUCAUCAUGAUGACUCCUCUGGGGCAUGGGCAGCUCUGAAACAGAGAUGUUAGUGUAAUACAGCAGGCAUUUCCCCGCUGUACAGUUCAAGUCUCUGAAAAGCUGAACAACAAUGGAGGAAAGUCAAUGGCAUGUAGUACAGGCAGGAUGAGAAUACACGUUCAUGCAUGGAUGGCUGCUUCCUUUCGCUGAAACCAGCCUCCCUGAAGGGAUUCAUUAAACUCUCUAGAACCUGAAUGGAUUCUCACAAAGACAGAAAAGUGAGGGGUGCCAUGUUAAAAUGUUAUACAAAGGUGACACAUGUUAAUAGUUUAAAAUGAUGUAUUUACAAAAACUGAUUCUAACUUCUUUGUUAUUUUAUUAAACUGACACUGUGGUGAAGAGAGUUUAACAAAAGCAUAGACAAAUUUCAGUCAAACCAAAAUACAUUUUAAAACCGUGUUGUGCCCUACUGGUUGGACAGUACCUAAAUCAUGCUGUAUCAUAACGUAUUAUUUAUACUACCACAUCCUAUUGCAUCAAACCUUUUAUACCAUAACAGACUAUUGUAUCCUAUCAUGUUCUAGCCCAGAGUAUACCAGCCUAUUGCAUUGCAUCUAAUCGUUUCAUAUUGUAUUUUACUGUAUCAUAAUGUGACAUAACCUAACAAAGCAUAGUGUAACAUACUGUAACAUACCAUAACAUAAGAUGUAACACAAUGUAACAUAACACAAUGUAACAUAAUACAAUGUAACAAAACACAAUGUAACGUAAUACAAUGUAACAUAACACAAUGUAACAUAACAUAACAUAACAUAACACAAUGUAACAUAAUGUAACAUAAUACAAUAUAACGUAACAAUUUAACAUAGCAUAACUGAAUAUAACAUAACAUUACAUAAUGUAGCAUAAUAUAUCGACUCUCCCCUUUUCUGUAAUAACCUUAUUUUAAUGAAACUUGUACAAAUCUUUAACAGAGGUGUCACUAUGUAACUCUUUAACCAUAUUUUUCACAAAUCUCUAACUCCUUGAAAUUUUUGCAUUCAUGUUGGGGCAUAUUAGUAUUCCAUUAUGAUUAAGUGUUAACAAUAAGUCUGAUCAUAACAUAGUGUUUGGAAGAAUUACUUUCUUGCACAGCCUGUGCGUUUUUACCAAGUGUAGCUUUAACGUAUUGCACAGAUGCUUGGGUGUCAUUUACAUUACAUUUUUACGUUGUCUGGAUGCAGCCAGAUGAAGCUUAAACUCACUGUCAGCUAAAAACUGCUGACUUGGAUUCAGAAAAGCAGACUUGACUUACACAGUGAGUUGUUAUAUUUGAUUUAUUUAUUGCACUUCAUGUCUUUGCCAAAAUGUUGAGAUAUGCAAUCCCACAUCGUGUAUUCCUCUCAUAUUUUGAAGGCCUCAUCUACAUAAACAAAGCUCAUUUGUUCGGCCCACAACACAAGACACAUAAUACAGAGUGACAGAAAGUAGCACAUCACAAACACUUACUCCCACAGCAACAAGAAUAUUGUUUGGGUAAAGCAAGGAUAUGAAAUCCGUGGUUCAGAGUUGAGUGGGUUUUAGGAAGUGUCUCGACCCACGUCUGAUCCUCGUCCGUUUUAACCGGUCUUUUAUUCAUCCAUUAUCCCUCUUUUUUCGGAUGCACCUCCCUCCUCUCCUCUCUAUAUCACUCCUUCCCCCACUUCCUGACUCCUUCCUGACUCCUUUGACCCCUAAAUGUUAGCAGAUGAGAAGACACAACGCCAAUAGUCAUUCACCCCACUCUUAGUGGCCAUUGUGUGUCUGCUUUGGUUAAUACCCCCCCCUCCCCUCUCUUCUUGCUGCCUGUCUUACCCAUUAAUGACAAGGAGGGUAAACCCACAUUCAGGCCAGAGAAUCACAGGUCAGAGCUGCUGCUUGGGUUUGAUUUACUGCUAUGACAACAUAUGGUCAGAUUAUACACAUUUGAUCAUUCAACGGUAUUUAAAGUUGAUCUUGUUUUUAGAAACUAAAACCAGACAUGUAUUUUCUCACCAGUAUUUGGUAAACCGCUGAUACUAAAAAACUCAUAUAAUAAAAUAGGAAACGCGUUAUUGCAUUUCACUGAUGUAAACAAAUCUCUAAUAGGCCCAGAGAGAAUUUCAAACUUUAAUAUUUUUUGUUAUGUAAGUCUUUUGAUUCAAAAACCUGUCCAUUCAAGAGUGAAAACAGGUUCAGCUUUCCACUCUUUGUGCACUCAAACAUGUGUGAAAUGGUUGUUGCAGACUUUCUGCAGCCGUAUUUUAUUUCCUCAGAGGAAUUGUUUGGAAAACCCUGUAAUGCCAAAAGCAGGAUGGACUCAUGGUGGGAAAAACUGAAGAAGCUAUUCUUACAGUCAUGUGUAUGGAUGAAAAAGUAUCCAAACUGCAAUGUGACUCUUCCCCUUUUUCCCAUGAUCUUGUUCAAAGAUGUUGCUUGCAGAGUAAUGAGAGUUAUAUUAAUGUUUAUAUUUUGGUGUUUUCCAGGAGGAGCCUCUGCCUGCAGCUCUGGUGGAGCUGGUUAGAAACAGUCCCAUCUCCUCCAUAGAGGACCUCCAGUUGCUGCUGCUCUCUGACUCCGUAGGUAAAGACCAGCUCAUUCUGCUUUUACAUUCACUGAAACCAGACUCAGUUCUGGGGGUGUUAUUUUGGAUACUGACACAGUUUCCCAUAAUGCUGGUGGCAUCUUUCCAAAUAACAGGAAUCAGGAGGUCAUCUGCUCCUAGGGGCAGAACUCACAUAUCAAUAAUGAAAUAUAUCGUCCUUUGACUCCAGUGUAUUGCUGGUGCCAAAUAUUGAUACUGGUUUUAAUUUGAGAAUACAGUUAAUUAAUUCAUAAUACAGCAGCCAGAUUUCCCUUUGUGUCACUACUUAAGGACCUCCUGUGGUAGCUCUGAUUACAUUCACCUUUUACUUUAAUACUUUACCUUACUUGUACUUUUUAUUGUCUACUUAAUCAGAUAUGUGUAAUUUAACGGUUGUUAUGAGAUAUAAAAGGAGAUAUAUCUUUAUGGAUCUGUGUGAAAAAGUAUGAGCAACCCUUGCUUGCAGCUUAAACCCUUUCAAAAUAAAGUGAAAAUAAAGAGUAAAAGGAUUUAAAAUCAAGAAGCACUUUAUUUUGUCUCUUGCUAAAAAAUUCUGUGAAGAUAAAAAUCACAUAGUUUUAAACAACAUCCAAAUUUCUUCACAGUUUUCGCACUUCCUUAAAGUAAAGUUCAAAAUUCUUAACAUUUGCACAUGUAAAAUUUUAUUUGUUUCAAGUCACAACAGCUCAAUAAAGAAAGCAAAACAAACUCCUAACACUCUUUAUAAUGACAUGCAGAUGAUUGAACUUAAACACCACUUUAAGUUGGAGACACAACUCUAAAGACAAAAAAUUGUCAUUAUGUCUUUCUGGAAUAACACACUACUUGAAAUUAUUAUUCAGCUUCAAAUGUCUCUAUUUAGAGGACAGGACUGUGGACAGAAUCAAAAACUAUGAGAAGAAGGUGACGUAGCACUGAGCCAUGUGUCAGAUUUAACACAGGCUUCCUGCUUCAAGGAUUUCAGCCUCUACACAUGAGAUGUUCAAUUUAACUGCUCAGCUAAACCAGCGCCUACAUUAGACUUGUUCUUAAUUUUAACCGCAGUGUGUGUUGGCAUUGCAAAGAAAAACUAAAAGCUAGACUCACAACAACGAGGAGCUAAUUUUCUACCCCAAUUGUGACUUUUAAACACCACCAGCAAUAAAACAGACAAACAAAUGGAAAAACAAGCAGAGAGACAGACAAAUGCCUCAAUAUACAAAUGUAGAAUUUUAAGAGUACAACCUCUGUUUCUGCAUGUGCAUAUUGACAUUUGCUACCUCAUAUUGCUUCUCUCUUUACCCCUCUCCCUCUCUGCACCCUCUCACCAUGUACAGAGGGUGCUGGUGGUGGGCCUCAGCUUUUCUGCUGACCUUUUUGGCUUUAGACUGUCUCUAUAAUAGUUUCCUCGCUGUUUUGCAUGAUUUUCAGUUUAACAAAGUGUUAUUUUAGGCUGCUGUCUUGAAAACCCUCAUUUCAGUCUCUGUCUGAGAUGCUUCAUAUGAGGCACUAUCCUUUUAACCCCCCCGCCUCCCCAAGCAUUCCAGAAUGCAGCAUUCUGGAAGCCUCUUUCACUGUUGCCAUGCAACAAAGUUAUGCUUCUUCUAAUAAAAUGACAAUUUUUGCCCUUCUAAGGAGAUUCACUGUCUUGCGAUGUCAUGAUUUGUGCAAAUCUCAUAUUGAUCUUAUUGAAUUCUCAUGUGACUUUUUGAACAAGCCAUUCAGAGCUCCUUGUAGUCCCAUUUGGGGAUUACAUCAACACGUAUUAAUCUUGCAGUCUGAAACUUUGCUCAUGUUUAGAGCUGAUGUCAAACAUUUUAACUUAACAUUUGUUCUCAAAAGAUGAAAAAGUAAAAUAGCACCUCUUUAAAUGACGGUUUAAUUUUGAUGCUAUUAAGUUGGCAUGGACAGUUAGGAUGGUUAAUUUAUUUAUGUAAUUCUUUAUACUCCCUGUCUACUUUAUGCUUCCUUGGUCUGUUUUGACUUGGGGAUAAUAUUUAUUUAUGUUAUUGUAAAAGAAGUGUGUCUUAUUUUGUUUCAUUGUUGAAUUUGUUUUUGUACCCUUCCCUUGUGUGUCUGUUUUUUUUUUUUUUUCUUUCUACAUAUGUUAAAGUCCUAUAUAUGGACUGAAUUGCAAAAAGAGAUUGCAGAUGUUGUGGUCUAUUGUUUUGCUUGACACAUUACAUCCGUGUCCUUUUAACAGAUAAACAUUAAAUUCAUAAACAAACGAAAAUACACGAGAAAAAUAUCAAAUUUGUUCAUUAUUUUGUCUCAGAUGAGGAGGAUGGGAUUUCAGCUGCCAAUGGAGGUCACAGACUACCAAGGAGCCUCGGUGAGCAUUCUUCCUUCUUUCUUCAAAUAUUUUAGAAAGAGCAGUUUGUGAUUGUGAACAGAGAAAAGACAAGACAUCACCACUAUAACCACAACAGCUCUUCUCUAAUGUCAAAAAAGCUUGUCUAUCAACAUUUGCAUCUGUAUUUUAAGGAUAACUUUCUGUGUUGUCUUGUAAAACGUUUACAAAAAGGAGUUGUGCUGGUAUGGAGGAUUCCUGAUUCUCCUCAUGAAUGAAAAAGUCCUCCAUCCUCAUUAGUCGAGGACUCUUCGUGAGUUUUCUGGUACUUGAUUGAUGUGACAAGUAUGGCUUUAGUGACACGCUCAAAUCCUGCCCAUUAACCUUUUUUUUCUGGCUCAUACGAUAAUGCAGACGUCUGAAUUAGAAGACAUCAAUCUACAACAGUGUGGCUGACUUUGCUGGGUUCCAUCUAGCAGGAGGAGAUACUGCUGAUCCCACGUUAAUCCUCGUGUGAACUCUGCUCUGCGUUCUAUAUAUGCCCUUGUACAGUUCAGACAAAGCAGAGUGAUUUAAGUGACAAAUUCUGCGGUUAAAUAAGCCAACACUAAGCUUUUAUCAAACAAUAUUUAAUUUUAUUUUAUGUUAUACUAACUUAGGCCUCUCAUCUUGACCAGAAACUGAUCUCUGGUUAGUUCUCUUAAUUGUGCAAUACGAUAAAAGAUUAACCCAAUUUGCAGUGUGCUCUGAAUGUUCAUGCUCAUCCCCACCAAAGUAGAACCACUCGUGCUAGCUUAAAGAUUGAUUAUUGAGCAGACCUACUGGGCACAGGCCCAGGGGCCGAGGGGUCAGAGGGGUCACCUGGGUUUGACCUGCAGUGUGUCAGAGGGAAAGCAAAAUGACUUAAGAUGCAGAAAACAACCAAAACAGAUUUUCACAAAUUGACCACAAAUACCACACGGUUAAAAUGAAAACAAAUGCCACAGAACCACAGAGAAAUUUACAAAGACUUAGUGUUAAAAAGAAAAACGGGAAAAUAGAUGUUAAUAUCAUGAGUGUCAGAAUAAAAAUAAAAUAACACCAUGAAUGACAAUCAGUAACUUAAAAUAAAAGUUAAAAAAAACAGAAACACAUAAUGAUGCUUAACUACCUUAGCAUAAAUAUGCAGUUGUUCCUCCACACUAACAAUUGGCCGUGUCUCUUCCCUCAGAUGCUCAACCAGCUCAGCAGGCUCUGUGCAAAGUCCGUACUGAGGUGGUCGAGGUCACAAGGGCUAUGUUGGACCGCAGCAAUGCCAACUUCUUAUUAUGGCCGCCGUGUGUCGAGGUUCAGCGCUGCUCUGGGUGCUGCAACACCAAAAGCCUGCAGUGUGUCCCUGUCGUCACGCACACCAGAUACUUGCAGGUAACGCACAGGAACAUACGAUGUACUAAAGUACAGAAGCCUGUAAGGUUUUUGUUUUACACUGAGAAAUAUGUGUUGCUUCUCCUAAACUCCCUCCAGGUCAUGAAGGUAGAGUAUGUCAGUAAACGACCCACAUAUGCCAAAGCAGUAGUGUCAGUGGUGGAUCAUGUGGAGUGCCGAUGUCAGCCUGCUCCUCGUCCCCCCGCAUCCAAGCGGAAAUCAUCUCGCAGACAACACCACCAUCAGCAUCGAAACCAGACGCUCAGCCACGGACAUGCACAGGUACAAAUUCUGCUUUCAGUGUCAUUGGGUGAAUUCUUUGAUUGUCUUACGCACUACUGGGAGUGUAAAUAGUAUAGGCGCUGCUAACCCUGAGAAAGCCUUAAUAAUGGACAAAAAGUGAGAGAACAUCUUUUGAUAUGCUUUGAAUCAGGUUCAGACUUUUCUUUUCUCUUCUGAACAUACUUCCAUCCAUCCAUCCAUCCAUCCAUCCAAUAUCUCUAUAUGCAUUCACCUAACUAUAACCGUUUAUCCAACCAUCCAGUCAUUGACUCAUUGAUCAUUUACAGUCAUUCAACCAUCCAUCUGUCCUACAUCCAUCCAUUCAUCCAUCCAUCCACCCAUUCAUCCAUCCAACAUCUCUCCAUGCAUUCACCUAACUAUAACUGUCUAUCCCACCAUACAGUCAUUCACCCAUUGAUCAUUUAUCCAUCCAUCCAUCCAUCCAUUUUUUGUUCUUUUUCCCACCAACCAAACAUCCAUUUAAUCAUUUUUCAUCCAUCCAUCCAUUUAUCCAGCCUCAUGUUCAUUUGUCUAUCCAUCUUUUAUUCAUCCAUCCACCUUGUCAUCAACCAACCAAUUAUCCACUCAUACAUUCAUGAUCCAUCCAUCCAUCAACCAACCAACCAAUUAUCCACUCAUACAUUCAUGAUCCAUCCAUCCAUCCAUUCAUCCAUCUAUCCAUCCAUUGACUCAUUAACCAACCUUUCAACCAUCCAUCCAUCUACCCUUCUGUUAAGCUGUCCAAAUAUCCAUCCAAUUUGUCAUCCAUCCAUUCAUCCAUCAUUCUAUCUAAAUCAUUUACUUUUUCUUCCACUAUAAUAACUUUACUGUUUUAUUGGAGCGCUCAAAGACUCUCCAAAAUUUAUUAUGUUGACUUUGUUGUCAAAGGUCAAACUGCACUCCAAGGAUGAGCUCCAUCAGUGGGAUGAGCUGAAGCAGAACCAGAGAGCCCACCUGGAGGAUCUCCUCGAGCAGAACUGGAGCCCGAGAGGAGACUCCUUCUCUCAGCCUGGACAUGGGUACAGUCUUGCUGGGGAGGAAGCGCUUCUUACUCCUCACUGGACCACUAACUCCACCAGUCUGCUGGCAUCUAAAGAGAAUGUGGAGAGGAGGAACAGUCACAUCUCAAAUGGCACCAAAAAUGUUUCUGUAGUGGAUAAUAUUGGCGCUGAUGUAAAGACCAACAGUACUGAAGGAAAAGAUAGUGAGAAGAGCACAGACACACAAACCCAGAGUCCAUUAUUGCAAGAUGACGAAUCCAAAACUAUUACACACCAUCCUGAUGGCAGAUUCAGACCUACUGAGAGAGUCAUGACCAGGUCCCGACCAACCAAAGAACCGAAUCCAGAUCCUAGAGAGCUUGGAAACUGGAGAGACAAUAAAACUCCUGAAGAGGAGAGGAUUUUACUGAUUGAGGAGGAAAAAUUGGAGCAGGAGAGAAAAGAGCUUCUGCUUCUCCAUAAAAGGCUGGACCAAGAGAAGGAGAUACUGAGACAGCAGCAGAUGAAAAGAGAGGAGGAGGAAAGGCAGAAAGAAAAGGAAAAAGAUAGUCAACAUCAUCUGCAUGGUAAACAUCAUCAUCAUCUGCAUUCAGUAACAACACAGAAACCAGGUAAGAAGCACCUGAAGGCUUUAGUUUCCUGUUUGUGUUAACUCGUCUUCAUUUUGACUUUUUUCACAAUCACACAAAGUCACCAAAGAAAAAAUGAGUCAUUUUAACUUAUCUGUAAAUCUUGAACAGCUACAACAACAACAACAACCACUACCACGCAGCAGCCUUCAGCUCUUGCAGUCCCGAGACCCCCCGCCCGUCCAAGGAAAAGGAUGAGGAAGAACAGGAAACGCAUCAGCAAGGCAGCCAUGAGAGCGAUGCUUAUGUAGAACAAUGGUGAGUCUGAUGUCAGGCAACAACUAAAUAUAAUGAUGUUGGGUAUUUAGUCAUAUACUUUGACCCACGUCACAUCUGUGGACAUGGGUUCAAUUCCUAUACCAGACGGUCAGCAGGGGGAGCUCUUGAUGUUUUGACUUUACUUUCACGUAGUUGUCAUGUCGUCCAUUUAGUCUACAUGAAAAAAAGUGUCCACCUAAAAAGAUAUGUUAAAAAGUGAUGGUGUUUUGUUGCAUCAGAAAUAAAGAUGUCUAUAGACUGUGUUGGUUAAACUGACACAUAACCAGUAAGUACCAGGAGUAACAAAACCAGCGUGUGGAUGUGACCGUAAAGAGAACCGGGGCUGGUGGCACUAGCUCUGCUAGCUUGAACUACACUUGUGACUGUUUGCUCCCCGACUCUGUGAUCAUGUCUUUGGAUGUGUUAGAAAAACUGUGCUCAUUUAACGAAGUGUUUUCUUACCAUUAGACUAGUUGGUUAUUAGGAGAUUAAAUGAAUUUCUGUUUGGAUGACGAGGAAAUCAAUCACAUCACAAUGUGAUAUUUCUUUUUACAUGGUAACUUUAAAUUUAAAGCUAAAAUAGUCUUGAAAUAGUUUAUUUAAAACAUUUUUAAAACUAAAAAGUCACAGAAACAUCACUGUAUCUUGGCAGCGUCUGGUAUUUGAGAUCAUGCUUUGAUGGUUUCAGCAAGAUUUAGAUUAUAUUGCAUACCUUGAAGCGAAUUUAACAUUUACAUUUGUACAUAAUAAAUGCACUUCCUGUUUUAUUACCUGUCAGGAUCAAUUAAGUUUUAAGUACUGUUUUCUUGUUUUCCUAUUUUAGGGCCACAAAGUGAACUUGCGAAUCCACAUGUGUAGCAGAGUGACUCCCUUCCUUCAUAUAAGUAUGUAUUCACAUGUUGGUAACCUGCUCGUCCUGUGAGAGAUCUCCUGUGUAACACUACUAAUGAACCUGUAACUACACCUGCGUGUAGUACGAGGAGGGUAAAAGAAAUGGAAUAUGAAUAAAAGGGGGACCUUGUUUUGAGAGCACCUGCUUCUACAAUGACACAGAUGUGAGUGGGACCCAGAGCCUGACAUCUGAAACUGCAUCAUUGUGGCCCUGUGAAAGAUAUAGUGCAAUUUCAAGACUCUUCCUGAAACAUUAUGAUAUCAACAGAGAGAAACUGCACUUGAAUGAGGACAGAACAAGGUCUAUACAAGGAUCAAUGGACAGAGAUGUUGCUGAAAGACUCCUUGACUGAACUACAUAGUGCAUUUGGUGUAAAAAUCGGACAAAAAGGACAUAAAUGGACAGAACUCUUGUUAUAUUUGGAUUUCCAUGGAGACAAUCAUCGACUGGUUGCAACAGUGAGAACUGGUGACUGAAAUAAGCAGUAUUUCCAUGUUUUACUGAACUAAUUCAUGGGCGGCUCAGUGACAGGAAGAUGCAGCUGUGUACAUUUUCUGUAACAAGGCUCGAUAUCAUUCUUCAGCUCCUUAAACAACAAUAGUCUCUAAUAUUUUUUUAACUCAUAGCGAACACUGGAAUCAAACACACGAUCAGAAAACAAGAGGACAAAAUGUUGCAUUUAAAAGCUUUUACAUCUUUCACAUGUGUGAAGAAAAAGGUGCUACCUAAAGUGGAAGUGAUACACCUGUGAGUUGAUGUGCUUUGUUUCCUAUUUAUUGAUUUCUGCCUUUAGUGUGGAUUCAUUCCUUAAACAAAUACUGAAAAUGCAACAGGGUUCAGACUUGUAAUCACAUAUUAUGAUAGCUGGGUGCUUUAAACUUAACAAACAGAACAAGUUGUACAAAAAGAUCGAUAUCUGUUCCCCCACCCCCAAAAUACUCCCACUUGUAGAAGUCUGUGACACACUUACAUUUCAGUCAACCAUUUCUUUCUCCCAUCACAUUCCUAUAAAUCAUUAAGAAAAGGACAGAAAAAUCAACCACUGAUGUAUUUUUUUCCAGCUGCCCUGAUGCAUUUUUUUUGUUUUGAUCUACAGUUAAAAGUUUUUCUUCUGACAACUUAUUUACGGGAACAAAAAAGGGACAAAACAAGUCGAUCAGUUGGUCACAGAAGGGUCAGUUUAAGCCAAACUUAGCUAAUGUUGAUGUUAUUUUCAUGUCCUUUGUUAAUUCAUUUUUUUUAAACAUGUAGAUACACUGGUAACGCUCUUGUGUGUUCAUUUUUUAUAAUCAGCCAAAAACAUCUUAAGUUAUUGAAAAACCUUGGCUUGUAUGCCAACUUACAACUGUUACUGAUUGUGUCUGUUUUUUUAUUUUUAUUAUUGGAUAUGAUGGAAAAACCUGAAUGUUUGUGAUAACCCUGAGACGUAAUGCUAUUUUCAUAAGAAGCUAAUGUGCAUAAAUCUACUUUAUUUGUGGUUUCUAUAAUUUUUUAAAAUCUUUUUUUUAAACAUUUAAAGAGGCUUUGGCUAUCAGAAGACACAGUUUUAAAUUGAAUUGUGCAGUAUGCACCCAAGAGCAAAUGUCACUUGGUAAACGAUGAACAUCAACAUGAAAUUAGUAACAAAAAAAUAAAGAAAAAAACAAUCAAAACAAUGA